GGAGAGAGGGGGGAGAGGGAGGAAGGGCAUUGAGGAGGAAGACAGUGAGUAUCAAUUGACAACCAGCAGUGUCUCAACCCGCUCGACCGGAGAUGGUCCCCCCAAACACGGGCGCAGAAUAGUGGUCCUGCAAGGCUUCUGAGGAGGCGAGAGGACAGCCGAGGACUCCGGCGAUGCAUGCGUUCACUGCCGAAAAAUCUAACCUUUCAGAGGAUCUCUCCUGUCAAAUGGGAUUAUUAUUUCUGUCGGGGGUUAAAGGGAAGCUGCCAGCUGCAAGUCCAUGCACAUUAAUUUAUCCGAUCAAAAACAAGACGGAGCACUCACUUUCUCCAUAAAGGUCCACUGGAUGGUCACACUGAGGAUUCCACAGAGCAGGCCAUGAUGCCUCAGCCUCAGUCAGGGCUGUAGAAAACACACAGAGAGUGCCAAGCCCUGUUGAGUGAAGUUCCCCCCAUCCCCCACCUCCAUCCCCAGUCGCCGGAGGUACCAUGGUUCCCCCCAGUCCRGGUGGAACCGUAGCCCAGUCCAGGGUGCCUCGCCCUGGGUACGGCCUCUGCCUCUACCCCCCUUUUUUGCUGCCACUGCUGCUGGUGCUCACUUCCCUGCCUAACCUCUCUGACGCCUUAGCGGCGCCCAAGUUUACCAAGAUUCCCGGAGACCAGAUUGGGGUGUCGGGAGGCGUGGCCUCAUUCGUGUGCCAGGCGUCAGGUGACCCCAAGCCCAUGGUCAACUGGAACAAGAAAGGCAAGAAGGUCAACUCCCAACGCAUAGAGACGAUAGAGUUUGAUGAUGGAGCGGGGGCCGUGCUGAGGAUCCAGCCUCUCAGGGCCCCCCGAGAUGAAAACGUCUAUGAGUGUGUGGCCCGCAACAGUGAGGGAGAUGUGGCCACCACCGCCAAGCUAGCCAUCAUACGAGAGGAUCUGUUGCCGUUUGGUUUCCCCAGCAUCGACAUGGGACCCCAGCUGAAGGUGGUGGAGAGGACCAGGACGGCCACCAUGCUGUGUGCUGCCAGCGGCAUCCCAGACCCAGAGAUCUCCUGGUUCAAAGAUUUCCUACCUGUAGAACCCAGGUCCAGCCUGGGACGCAUCAAACAACUACGCUCAGGUGCCCUGCAGAUCGAGAACAGUGAAGAGACCGACCAGGGGAAGUAUGAGUGUGUAGCCACUAACUCUCAGGGCGUACGCUACUCUUCCCCAGCCAACCUGUAUGUGCGAGAGCUACGAGAAGUGCGUCGCGUGCCCCCUCGUUUCUCCAUCCUGCCCGCCAACCAUGAGAUCAUGCCUGGCGGCAGCGUCAACAUCACCUGUGUGGCGGUGGGCUCGCCCAUGCCCUAUGUCAAAUGGAUGCUGGGUAUUGAGGACCUGACCCCGGAAGACGAGAUGCCGGUGGGACGCAAUGUUUUGGAGCUCAACGGAGUGAGAGAGUCGGCCAACUACACCUGCGUGGCUAUGAGCAGUCUGGGGAUUAUAGAGGCCACYGCACAGGUGUCAGUUAAGACUCUUCCCAAGCCUCCCGGUACCCCCAUCGUCACAGAGACGACCGCCACCAGCGUUACCAUCACCUGGGACUCCGGUAACCCCGACCCGGUGUCCUAUUACAUCAUCCAGUACCGGGCCAAGACACCGGACAGCAAGUAUGAGGCGGUGGACGGUAUCACCACCACCAGGUACAGCAUCGGAGGGCUCUACCCCAACACGGAGUACGAGGUUAGGGUGUCGGCCUUCAACAGCAUCGGCCAGGGCCCCUCGUCCACCCGGGUAGAGGCCAGGACAGGGGAACAGGCCCCGGCUAGCCCCCCCAGGAACGUCCAGGCUAGGAUCAUCUCCCAGAACACUGUCAUGGUCCGCUGGGAAGAACCGGAGGAGCCCAACGGACAGGUGAAAGGUUACCGGGUGUACUACACCAUGGACCCAUCUCAGCCCAUGAGUCUGUGGCAGAUCCAUAACGUCCAGGACAGCACCAUCACCACCAUCCAGAGCCUGGUACCCUCUGAAACAUACACUGUCAGAGUCCUGGCCUUCACCUCUGUGGGAGACGGACCCUUCUCUGACUCCGUCCAUGUCAAAGUUCUGCCCGGAGUUCCAGGGCAGCCAGGGAAGUUCAAAGUGGGAAAGGUGACAGACACCAGUAUACAGCUCACCUGGGAACCUUCCUACACCAAGGAGGGCAUCGUCAACUACGAACUGCUCUACAAACCUGUCAAGUUUGGCAGCCUGGAGAAGUUGACGUUUGGGCCCCGGGCGUCGUACACAGUGGAGGGUCUGAGGGCUAACACAGAGUACUCCUUCUCCCUGGCAGCCAUUUCUAACAAAGGCAUCGGAGCCUUCACCAACGAGCUGGUCCAGAGGACAUCACAAGCCAAGCCAUCGGCUGCGCCCCUAGGCGUGUCCUGUGACAGCCCCAGGUCCACCUCCCUGAGGGUAAGUUGGAAACCACCACCCACUGAGACCCAAAAUGGCGUGCUGACUGGCUAUGAGCUGCGCUACCAGCAAGUGGUGUCUGGGGCCAGGGUUGAAGGUCAGGGUCCGGAGGUGAAGGGGCCUCCCAUCCCCCCAGAGCAGGGGCAAGUGGUGUUGGAGGGGCUAGAAAAGUGGACCUGGUACCGCGUUAUCCUGGCAGCUUUCACUACCGAGGGGUCCGGACCGGAGAGCCCGGCGCUGCUCUGCCGUACGGACGACGACGUCCCGGGUGCGGCCCCUCGGCAGGUGGAGGUCCAGCCCUUCAACUCCACGGCCCUCAGGGUCACCUGGCGAUCUGUGUUGGCAAGGCAACGCCAAGGCCAGAUCCGUGGUUACCAGGUGCACUAUGCUCACGUGGAGAGCGGCUCGUCACGCACCCUUCCCCGGAUCAAAGACCUGCUAUUGGACGACAGCCAGUUUGUGGAGGAUGACUUUACUGAAUACGAGAUGAUUGUGGGGGGUCUUAAGCCAGAGACCUCUUACUCUGUGUCUGUGGCUGCUUACACCACUAAAGGGGACGGAACACACAGUAAAGCCAGGGUGGUGCAGACACUGGGGAUUGUGCCUGGUGCCCCCUCCCUGUCAGUGCGCCCGGGAUCUGAGUCCUCCGUGGUGGUGAGAUGGGGGCCCCCUUCAAGGGGGUCAGACUCGGGUCCAGGUGCCAAAGGGUCUGAAAUUCAGAUCCAGGGUUACCGGCUACAGUUUGGGCUGAAGAAUGCCACUCUGGACACUAUGGUGGAGUUUUCGUCCAGGGAGCGAACGUAYACUCUCACAGACGUAAUUCCAGGUUUGACCUAUGUCGUUACUCUUUCUGCCAAAAGCCGGUCGGGGUAUGGAGAUAAGGCGUGGGAGGAACUCGAGAUGCCCGAGUACCCACCCAGGGGGUACCCCCAAAUCUUGGAAUCCAUUAAUGCCACCUGCUGUUCACUCCAGUUCKGCUGGCUACCCCCUGUGCCAAGCGAGCGAAAUGGCGUGAUCACUGAAUACACAGUAGCUUACCGGGAAGARGGGGGUCUUGACCCUAUGGGCAUUGACCCUCUUGGCCCUCCUCGCCAGAUCACGCUCCCAGCCAGUGAGUCCAGCUACACCAUCCUGGGCCUGAACCACAGCACUGGGUACGAGGUGCAGAUGUGUGCUCACACCAGCGUAGGUCCCGGCCCCUUCAGUCCCCCGCUGCUGUAUCGCACACUGACUUUCGAGACAGAUGUCCCGAGGAACUUCUCAGUGAACCUGGCGACCAAGACGAGUGUUCUGCUGACCUGGGAGUUCCCCGACAGCCCCUACCCAUACCACUUUACUGUGGAGUAUAAUCAUCAGAAGAUGGAGGUGGAUGCCAGGCUGAGGAAAGCGGUGAUCCCCAACCUGCAGCCCGAUACUGACUAUGACUUCAAGAUCACCUCCCCCGAGGGCAACAUGGGCCGGCUGAGGCACCGCAUCCUAGCCAAGACGUCUCCACUAAUCGGCAUCCGUCGCCCGGAAAUAGACCACACCCGGGACACGGAGACCACCAUCACCAUCAUUCUGCCUUCACUGGAGAACCGCAGCCCUGUCAAGAACGUGUAUGUGGUGGUAGUUCCACUGAGGAGGGCGAGGGGGGUCAUCAGGCAUCUCAAGAACCCAGACGAGAUGGACCUGGAGGAGUUGUUGGACAUCAGUCAAAGACAGAGGGACUCUAGACAGCAAAAACAGGUUGACCUGCGUCGAGCCUACAUCACUGCCCGCUUCACCCCUGAUACCCUGCCAGCCUUCUUCACUUUGGGRGACCAGCUGGACUACGGAGGCUUUGAGAACCGCGCUCUAGAACCGGGACAGGAGUACGUGUUCUUCAUCCUGGCGGAACUCAACGGCACCACAGGGAAGAUGUACGGGGCCAGCCCCUACACAGACCCAGUGAUAGCCCCUGACUCAGACCCCCAGCCACUGGACGCGGGGGACGGUCUGAUCUGGGUGGUGGGACCCGUCCUGGCCGUGGUCUUCAUCAUCUGCAUCGUCAUCGCCAUCCUGCUCUACAAGAACAAGCCAGACAGUAAGAGGAAGGAGUCUGAGCCAGGCACCAAGAGCCUUCUGGGCAAYGCUGAGAUGAUGGCCCACCACCCCACAGACCCCGUUGAGAUGAGACGCAUCAACUUCCAGACCCCUGGUAUGAUGAGCCACCCUCCCAUCCCCAUCACAGAGCUGGCUGAACACACAGAGCUGCUCAAGGCCAACGACAACCUGCGUCUGUCUCAGGAGUACGAGUCCAUUGACCCUGGUCAGCAGUUUACCUGGGAGCACUCCAACCUGGAGGUGAACAAGCCCAAGAACCGCUAUGCUAACGUCAUCGCCUACGAUCACACUCGCGUCGUCCUCGCUCCAAUAGAGGGUUCAAGUCCAGGUAUCCUGGGUAGUGACUACAUCAAUGCUAACUACAUUGACGGCUACAGGAAGCAGAAUGCCUACAUUGCCACACAGGGCCCGCUGGCGGAGACGUUCGGGGACUUCUGGAGGAUGGUGUGGGAACAGAGAGCAGCCUCCGUGGUCAUGAUGACUCGCCUGGAGGAGAAGUCACGGGUAAAGUGUGACCAGUACUGGCCGACCCGUGGUUCAGAGACCUAUGGGAUGACCCAGGUCACCCUACUGGACACUAUGGAACUGGCCACCUUCUGCGUGCGCACCUUCUCCCUGCACAAGAGUGGUAGUAGUGAACGGAGGGAGGUGCGUCAGUUCCAGUUCACUGCCUGGCCGGACCACGGAGUACCAGAGUACCCCACCCCGUUCCUUGCCUUCCUACGCAGGGUUAAAGCCUGCAACCCCCCUGACGCAGGUCCUGUCAUCGCACACUGCAGUGCGGGGGUGGGCCGCACCGGCUGUUUCAUCGUGAUCGACGCCAUGCUGGAGAGAAUCAGACACGAGCGCACGGCCGACGUCUACGGUCACGUGACCCUGAUGAGGUCACAGCGGAACUACAUGGUGCAGACGGAGGACCAGUACGGCUUCAUCCACGAGGCGCUGCUGGAAGCAGUGGCUUGUGGGAACACGGAGGUGGCGGCCAGGAGCCUGUUCUCCUACAUGCAGAAGCUGGGCCAGGUGGAGAAUGGAGAGCACGUCACCGGCAUGGAGCUGGAGUUCAAGCGUCUGGCCAACACAAAAGCCCACACGUCUCGGUUCGUCAGUGCCAACCUGCCGUGUAACAAGUUCAAGAACCGCCUGGUCAACAUCAUGCCCUACGAGACCACCCGUGUCUGUCUGCAGCCAAUCAGAGGCCUGGAGGGCUCAGACUACAUCAACGCCAGCUACAUCGAUGGAUACAGGCAGCAGAGAGGUUACAUCGCCACCCAGGGUCCACUGGCUGAGACCACAGAAGACUUCUGGAGAAUGCUGUGGGAACACAACUCUACCAUCGUUGUCAUGCUCACUAAACUGAGAGAGAUGGGACGGGAGAAGUGCCAUCAGUACUGGCCCGCGGAGCGUUCAGCCAGGUACCAGUACUUUGUAGUGGAUCCCAUGGCUGAAUACAACAUGCCCCAGUACAUCCUCAGAGAGUUCAAAGUCACUGACGCAAGGGAUGGCCAAUCGCGGACAGUUCGUCAGUUCCAGUUCACUGAUUGGCCAGAGCAGGGAGUCCCGAAAUCUGGAGAGGGCUUCAUCGACUUCAUUGGCCAGGUGCACAAAACCAAGGAGCAGUUUGGUCAGGACGGCCCAAUCAGUGUCCACUGCAGGUAA